AAAUACACUCGGAAAGACGCUUCCGUUAAUUGGGUCAUAAAUUGUCUUAGAUAGUAACCAUUAACCAAGGACAAUCUGAGAGUUGAGACAUUUUAUGUGGGCGGAGUGCGGCUGAGUAAGUGGCGGUGGCAGUGUGUGAAAGUGGAAGCAUGCCUUCUGCUCCUUCAAAGCUCUAUUCAGAUGACGUCAGCCUCCUCGUCGUGACGCUAGACACCAACCCUUUCUUCUGGUCCACUUUCUCCUUCCCUUUCUCCGAGUUCCUCUCUCAUGUGCUUGCGUUUCUCAACUCGAUCCUGCUUCUUAGUCAGCUCAAUCAGGUUGUGGUUAUCGCCACUGGCUGCAAUUCCUGCACCUACCUCUACGAUUCUUCUUCCGAUAAGAACCAUGGCUCCACCACCGGUUCCAUGCCCUCCCUCUACUCCGAUUUGCUGCACAAUCUCGAGGUUUUCCUAGCUAAGGACCAGCAUUUGGCAAAGCCCAGGGAUAAUGCUGCAGGUGGAGGAGCUCCUCCUCCUUCGCUCCUUUCGGGAUCCUUGUCCAUGGCGCUUUGUUAUAUACAGAGAGCUUUUCGUUCGGGACCCAUUCAUCCUCAGCCUCGGAUUUUGUGCUUACAAGGAUCUGCUGAUGGACCAGAACAGUAUGUGGCAAUCAUGAAUUCAAUAUUCUCUGCGCAGCACUCAACAGUCCCUAUAGAUUCUUGUUAUAUUGGUUCUAACAAUUCUGCAUUCCUCCAACAGGCUUCGUACAUAACCGGUGGCAUAUAUUACAGGCCUCCCCAUUUGGAUGGGCUUUUCCAAUAUUUUUCAACGGUGUUUGCAACUGAUUUGCAUUCUCGUGCCUUUUUGCGGCUUCCUAAAUCUGUGGGUGUGGAUUUUCGUGCAUCGUGCUUCUGUCAUAAGCAAACAAUUGACAUGGGCUAUGUAUGCUCUGUAUGCUUAUCCAUAUUCUGUGAGCAUCAUGAUAAAUGUUCCACUUGUGGGUCUGUAUUUGGCCAGGCUCAAUCAAAUGUUCCCUCAUCUACUGACCGGAAAAGAAAAGCUUGAUACAUUAUGGUGUGUUCGAUGGUUAACAUUUUUUGUUACUUCCACUAGAAAGCAGAUCGAUCAAGGUUCUCUCUUCCAUGUAAGCAGCGCGACGAAAUUUUGGCGAGAAAUUACUUCGACUGUCUUGUUGGGCAACUGAAGUUUCUUACGAGAUCAUUGUAGGUCCCAGAAAAAUGAGGGUCAUUGUGUAUACUGGAUAGUUGCAUAGCAGGAUAGAUACAGAAAAGCUUCGUAAUGGCCUGUCAUUUCCGUAGAAAGCUAUUAUUAGCACCAUAUCCACAUGGUGGGCGGCGAACUUUAUUUAAUAGCAUCUAUUCCUCUCUGAUGAACCAUCGUGAACUUUUCUUGUAUUGGAGAAAGUUGGGUUCUAUUAAAAGGCGUCCAUUUUGUAAUGAUGUCUAACAGCACCGGCAACGUAAUCAAGAAUUGCAUUGGUAACCUUAUGAACAGAGUACAAGGUGUCUUGAUU